AUGAAGCUACUGCCACUGCUCACGCUUUCCUGCUGUUCGAUUGUCGUUCUAUCGAAGACUACGGAAACGAACGAUCAAGCGUUACGCGCACGUGCAUCGGCGCAACUCGAGAGACUAGCGCCCUACCGACGAAUUGCGUCGAUUCAAGGAACAUCCGAUGAGCAGUUGCAAUUGCUCGAGAAUGCGGCGAAGGACUCAGAAAUUAUGAAACUCAGUGAUCAACAGGUCUACGAGAUCUAUCACCUUCUUCCGGAGAAUCUGCAGAUGGAUAUCGUGAACCAGGUCGGCGGGAAUCGCGCGAUGAUCGAGAUGCUAGCGAAUCAGAAAUACGCGGCGUUGAUGAAGGACAGAAUAAAGAGAUCAGGAUCGAAACGCGAGAUAUACAAUCAAGAUGGGUACGAGUCGCCACCUAGCGGGUAUCCGUCGCAAGAAUACGAGGGUUAUCCACCUGAACCGUACGGAGAGCAUUACGGAGAACAUCAGCCGUCUGGAUCCGAUUCUGCGUCGAUUUUGAAGGGAUCGGGCAGUUUGAUCGGUGGCAUAGCCAAGGGUAUAAUCGGUGGCCUCGUCAGUGCAUCGGGCAGCGCAUCGAAAGGCUCCUCGUCGAUCUCGGCGUCGAGUUCCCAGUCGAGUGUCCAGUCGAGCUCGUCUUCGAGUACCUCCGAUAAGCCAAAGCCGGAAUAUGGACACGUUUAUUCGUACAGUGAUAAGGCGUUCGACGUAUGGGACUUCAAAAAGGCGAUCAUUAGCACGUUAAUGCAAGCCGUGAAAGCCAUAAGUGGCGGCGUGAUUGCUUUGAAAGGUCAGCUACUGAAAGGAAGCGGUUACCUUGUUGCGACGAAAGGCAAAAUUAUUACUAAAACCGGGGAUGCAAUCACGACAUUGGGUCGCAAUAUCGCUAAGAGUGCUGUGCACCCUUAUCCGGCACCAUCUCAUCCUGGUCACUUGUACGAUUAUCCUCCGGAGGGUCACGAAGAAAGUUACGACGGACCACCGCCCAAUAUCGAGGAAUACGGCGAGCCCCACGAGGAGUAUCAGGGAAACUCGAAUUACGAGUCGUCCUCGGAUGUCGGUGACCAGGCGGGCCUUCUGAUCGUGAAAGCGACGAAACCGAACAGUAACGAUCACCAUAGCGUGAAUUCGGACACCCAGAAACCUGCUGUAACGAAACCGGGAGACAAUUACUACGGCCCGCCACCGGAACUACCCAGCAAAGAUGUGGAAACCACCGUGGUAGGGCACAUAAACGUCUAUCAAAAUGUUAAUCAAGAUGAUCAAAACGUGAAGUACAAUCGCCCACUGCCAACCUGUUCAGCAUCAUUCUCACCGAAUCAUCACAGUCCGCUGUCCAUUCAACAGAGUAUCGAGUAUCCACCGAUACACCAUCAAUACGCUUCUCCUAUUAAAGAAACAUUGGAUUUUCCAAACGAAGAUACAUCUAGCAACGAUCUGUCCGUAUACUCGAGUUUUUCGAUCGACACAGACCCCAAGAUAGAGUCGAUUAAAAUAUCCGGAAUAAAAGUCGGAGGUGACCUCGAGUUGCCCAAGUUCCAAUCGCAGGAGAACAUUCAUAAUGUUCCCUUGCUCGCAAACUCUUAUCCCAUGUUGGAAGAACCACUAAAAAUACCAUUGUUGAAUCCAUACUCGAGACCAUAUUGGCAGAAUCAGGCAUUACUUCAGCCAUUCACUAAUUUCAAUCUGCACGGUUUGUACCGAAGAAGAAGUAGCGUACCGAGAAGAAGAUCCGUCAACGAGGUCGCGCAACGUAUGAGACUGCGUCGAGGGUAG